UUACUUAUAUCGCUCAUUUUGACUUUGUGGCUGUGGUAACAACCCCAUGCUAAAUCUGACGUAAUUGUUUACAGAGGAACAACAAACGUGGAGAGUGAAGAUGUCAACUCCAGCAAGACGGCGUUUAAUGAGAGAUUUUAAACGGCUUCAAGAGGACCCCCCUGCUGGAGUUAGUGGAGCCCCUUCUGAAAACAAUAUCAUGGUGUGGAAUGCCGUAAUUUUUGGCCCAGAGGGAACCCCUUUUGAAGAUGGAACUUUCAAACUCACAAUAGAAUUCACAGAGGAAUACCCUAACAAGCCUCCAACAGUGCGUUUUGUCUCCAAAAUGUUUCAUCCAAACGUCUAUGCAGAUGGUAGUAUAUGCUUGGACAUUCUUCAAAACCGCUGGAGUCCGACAUACGAUGUUUCUUCAAUCCUAACUUCAAUACAGUCUUUACUGGAUGAGCCGAAUCCGAACAGCCCAGCCAACAGCCAGGCAGCUCAGCUGUACCAGGAGAACAAGCGGGAGUAUGAGAAGAGGGUGUCUGCCAUCGUGGAACAGAGUUGGCGUGAUUGUUGACCCCCUCACCAUUCACAAAGAAUGAACAAUAUCCAGCCUCAAGUUGAAACAAAAACACCGAAGACAAAUCUCUCAUAAAGGAAAUGAAAUGCACAUCAUGGUUUAAAUCUUUCUCUGCAUUAUGUGUGUUUGUAGUGAGGUUUGUAUGUUGUCGUGGUAUCACUUCAUGCAGAAUGCUCCUCCUAGACAAGAGCACAUCAUUUAACAAUGUACAUUUACUUUAAUCUGGGUUACUUACAAUGUAAUUUACCCCCAUAUUUCUAUCUUGAGACAAAAAGGUAUGUUCAUUUGUAGUUACUUUUGUAUCUUGUCAUUUUAGUGGUUUUAAGUCCUCUACAGUGUGAUUUGCUGUGUGGAUCAACAUUUUUCUUUUUUUCUAUUCUUUGAAUGUUUGGUUUCUAGCUUCUCUCACCCAUUUGCCUUUUUGAAACUUUAGUAUGAUAUUAACUAAGAAACAAUAUGAUGAACACCUGUCAUGGACUUCUAUUCCCAACCAAUGUCAAUCUCAAUAUCCUAUCCUUUUUUUUUUUUUUUUAUGCACAAACCGUGUUCUUGUUGGGGCUUUGUGCCAAAUGGCACUUUCAUCAAUGAAUGAUAUGCAUCAGGAAUCAAGUGUUUCAGAAAGGAACGUACUUGGUGCACUUUCAAAAGUCCUGUAACUGUUGCAACAAAAAGAAAAAAAGCUAUAAGUAACUGUUUCCAUGGACAGUUUUUAUGCAAGUCAAAUGUGUGUAUAUGUGUGUGAAUAUAAAAAUCACGACAGCUGUGAUAGAAAAAGGGUGUUUCGGUGUACUUUUAUAAAUGCCAGAUCAUUUGCUCGUUUGACAUGGUGUGAUCUUUUUGUCAGUAAAAUGAAUUAUGUGGGAAAUGGCAGUGGCAAUGCCUUUAUGUGUAAAUAUUGAUAUAACCGUUAUGUCAAAGUACAUUUGGAGUCGUGGUGAUAUGGUGUGUGUGAUAUUCCCACUACAACUCGGUUUAUGCAGAUUAUUAGGCUGCAGUUGAAAUAAAUUCUGAUGAACUUCACAGGGGGUGAAAGUGCAUGUGAUGAUCUUAAUGCUGCUUUCCAAUAAAUAUCGAGGGUCUUAUUCUGGUGA